UGGCCUGUUCCUCGCAGCCCCCCUUUCCCUUUUCCAAAUCACGUACCGUCGUGAAAUUCAUUGAAGCGAUUAUCUAUAAAUAUGCUCCUAAGUAUCCAUGAAGUUUAGAACGCAGCAUUCCUAGCUCGUACGUUGGAGAAUUAGCACAAGUUCUCUACGGUAGGCCAGUACCUUAAUUUACACAAACGAUCGAGCUAUAUAUUUAUUUCAGGCCUCCGUCGGUAUCUAGCUACUUUUUCAACAGAACUGUGCCAUGGCCUCCAAUAUUAGCUUGAAGAGUACCAUGGCGAUCCUGGCUCUUGUGAUUGUCUUCUUUGUGCAAGGCACGCUAGGAGGAAUAACAUGUGAGCAUCUUGACCAGGAAACAUGUGCGUUCGCUGUGUCAUCCUCCGGCAAACGUUGCGUCCUUGAGAAGCACGUGAAAAGGAGCGGAGAGGAAGCAUACACAUGCCGUGCAUCGGAAAUUGACGCCGACAAAUUGAAUGACUUGAUCGAGACUGAACAGUGCAUCAAAGCCUGUGGGCUUGACCGGAAAACAUUUGGAAUCUCAUCCGAUUCUCUCCUAGAGUCUCGCUUCACUGAAAAGCUUUGCUCACCACAGUGCUACGAAAGCUGCCCUAACGUUGUUGAUCUAUACUUCAAUCUCGCUGCCGGUGAAGGUGUGUUUCUUCCCAAAUUAUGUGAAGCACAAACAAAUAAUCCAAGGAGAGGGAUGUCCGAGAUCCGCAGCUCUGGUUAUGUUGCACCAGGACCCGUGACAUCUGCCAAGUUCACAAUUGCACCAAUAGUUGCACCAGCUCCACUCUAGAAGAGAAAUUUAUCCCAAUAUAUAUAUAUAUAUAUAUAUAUAUAGUAUAUGCACGCAAUAUUACAGAUCAUGAGUAUUUAGGUGCAUGACAUGAAUAAUGAAGUCACGCCGAGGGAUGAUCAGUAGCUAGUUUGCACCAUGCAUCAUUCUACUUUGGCGUGUGCAUGAUUUAGUUACGAAUCUUAAAUAUUGGGUGUGCUCUUCAAAUCAAUAAGGCGGUGUGUACGUACGUACGGCCUGCUCAUACAGUCAUACUUGUCUUUUGUAUACGUAGGUUGAUUAGGCAUUUAAUUACAAAUAUUAUACGUAGAAGAUAUUUGUGUGGUUUGAAUAUUUCACGGCCUUUGUGUGAUUUAUUGUAUGGUUUGGAAAUGAAGAAAUUAAAAAAAAAAAAAAAGGUUUGUCAAUAUAUAUAAUGAUUUAUCUUGUCCAAA